GAUGCCCAGAUUUUUUCUCCCCAGCCCGAUUCUCCCUUUCUUUGAUUGAUUCGGAAACACAUUGCAAGCAGUUGCAAAUCGCCAAAAUAAACCCUAGCCAUCACCACCGCCGCAAGCAGUUGCAAAUCGCCGCCGUCCGUCCGUCCAUCUAUCUUCCCUCAUGCUCCAAGUCUCCAACCCUCAUUCGCUUUCACCGAUAGCAGCUUCUUCCUCGAGGUCAGCUCGGCGUCCGUCGUCUUCGUAGAGCAGAUUCCGCCGCCCAAGCCAUUGAAUCCCUUUUUCUUCCGGAUUGAAGUCCUUCCCCCUUGCUUCUCGUUCGAUCGGGCAGAAGGCUCACUUUCCACCCCCAAUCGGUUCUGCUAACCGCCUCACAGAGCACUAAUUGAGGAACUCUGCCGUCGCUGCGGCGAGGAGGACGACCUUAAACUUCCGCCGUCUUGUCGCCGUCCGUCAACCAGUUCAACCAGAAUAUCUCAGUUUUCGAAACCUUCUGAUCUUGGUGGUUCAAAUACGAUUCCCCAUAGUUCUCGAUAUCUGAAUGAUUUUGAGGAGCUACGGCCUCUUGAUCGAUCUCCUCCUCCUCCUUCACUUUGCCAUGGCCUUUUGCCCAUCACCUUCGUCUUCUUCUUCCUCUAAUUCUUCAUCGUCGUCUUCCUCGCCGUUUGAGUCUUCCAACAGCGCAAAGUUCUGGAUCCUCCAUGGCAUUAUGGCCGGAGUUGCAGUUGCUACUGCGGUCGGUGCUCGCGCCUACUGGACUCGGGUCAAGAAAUUCCGGAACCGGGUCGUCGGCAUCAUACCCGCCCGAUUUGCUUCUACCCGGUUUCAGGGAAAGCCUCUCGUUGAGAUUCUUGGUAAACCUAUGAUCCAGAGGACAUGGGAAAGGGCAAAGCUGGCAGCCACGUUGGAUCAAGUUGUUGUGGCAACUGAUGAUGAAAAGAUUGCGGAGUGCUGUCGAAAGUUUGGAGCUGAUGUUGUAAUGACAUCUGAGUCUUGUCGAAAUGGUACUGAGCGCUGCAGUGAAGCCCUAGAGAAGCUUGGUAAAAACUAUGAUAUUGUUGUCAACAUUCAGGGUGAUGAACCUCUUAUUGAACCUGAAAUAAUUGAUGGCAUUGUCAAAGCUUUACAGGCAACUCCAGAUGCGGUGUUCAGUACUGCAGUCACAUCUUUAAAGCCAGAAGAUGCACUUGAUCCGAAUAGAGUGAAAUGUGUCGUAGAUAAUUGUGGUUAUGCUAUCUAUUUUUCACGAGGAUUGAUCCCAUUCAACAAGUCGGGAAAGGUCAAUCAACAGUUUCCUUAUUUGCUUCACCUGGGGAUACAGAGCUAUGAUACAAAGUUUCUGAAGAUUUAUCCAGAUCUUCAGCCUACUCCAUUGCAACUCGAGGAAGAUUUGGAACAGCUUAAAGUCCUCGAGAACGGCUAUAAGAUGAAGGUAAAUUCAAGAGUUUGACAUCCAAUCUGGGGCAAACUUCUUAGAAACUUUCUGAUGGAGCCCACAGGUAAUAAAAGUUAACCACGAGGCCCAUGGUGUUGACAUUCCAGAAGAUGUUCAAAAGAUAGAAUCUCUAAUGCGUGAGAGGAACUUGUCUUGAACUCUUGGUUAUGAUUAUGAAAAACCUCCUUAAAAUCAUCAAGUUUGGAAUUAAAUUUUGUUCUUAUUCGUUUUCCUAAUAGUCAUGCUUGUUUCUAUCCACACAAACUGUGAUUUAUAAUGUAUGUUCACUUGCGAAGUUUGUUCUGUUUUAAUCCAAUGGUAUUUAUAACAUGGAAAGUUGAGUUAUACAUAUAUUGUGGUGCACAGAUACCACUUCAGGAAAAAAAGUUGUACGGGGAUUACUUGGUUGGUGCAUCAAUUUUUGUCGUUGGUUUGAUUCA